AGUUGCCUCAUGCGUCGCAGACUAAUCAGCACAAAGACGAGCUAGCUGCUACACGGAGGAGAAGCGGUAGAAACAGACAAAUAAAACCACUUUAACUCGUACUUCACUCCGUAAAUUAUCUUCUUAUUGAUUUGCGGGACUGUUCUGGUCUAAAUGGGGCGGAGCAGGAGCCGGUCGCCCCCGAGACGCGAAAGACGCCGGUCCCGCUCAGCUUCGCGGGAGCGCGAGCGCCGGAGACGGGAGAGGGAACGCUCUCGCUCCAGGGACCGGGACCGUCGCCGGUCUCGCUCACGCUCUCCACACCGGAGGCGUUCCAGGUCUCCGAGACGUCAUCGUUCCUCCUCCAACUCUCCCGGGAGGCAGAAGCAUGAUGACAAAGACUCCAAGGACAAGCCGGGAAAACCCAUUACGAUCUCAGCUGAGGACAUGCAGGGCAAAACUGAAGAGGAAAUUGAGAUGAUGAAGUUGAUGGGCUUUGGUUCCUUUGACACCACCAAGGGAAAGAAGACUGAUGGAUCUGUAAAUGCUUAUGCAAUCAAUGUGUCCAUGAAGAGAAAAUACAGGCAAUAUAUGAACAGAAAAGGGGGAUUCAACAGACCACUGGACUUCAUUGCUUGAAAGUGUGAACAGUUCAUCAUCCCAGAGGUUUAUUCUUUUCUGUCUUUACAGUGGUGAAUGUUUUCUGUUAACUCUAACCUGUAAUGCAGCAAACUAGACCUUUACCUUUUCAUUUGACUAAAUGUAAGUGGUUUUUCCUUGAGUUGUUCUGAGCUCAGUCUUAUUGGGAGACUGGACUUCAUGUUGCUGAGAUAGAUGUUUUUUAUAUUAUUAAUAAACCUGUUUUUUUGAAUCUGAA